AUGGUUGAAGAAGCACUCUCGAAUUUUGGUUUGUUCAUCGAUAGUGAAAAUAAGAUCCGUUUGAUUGAUCCCGAGAAAGUAACGGACUCAGCUGAACUACGUGAUGAAUGCAAAGAUUUUGUAGACAAUGUAUUGGAGUUCAAGAAGAUUGUCGACACGCUGAUCGAAAAAACGGAACAAUAUUCGAAGCAAGUUGAAAGUGCAAGACUUCGAUCUAUUGGCGCAAAGAAUAUGUUAAAAUCAGCUACGAAGUAUCGCGAAUUCGAAAAACAACAGCUACAAUCGUUGAUCAAAGAAAAAAUGAUUGAACUUGAUCGUCUCCGAACAGAAUACGAAUCUUUACAGAAAACUGAACGAGAACAAAACGAAAAAAUGGAACAACUUUCAUUAAAAUCAUCAUAA